AUGUCGGGCGCCACGUCGCGCCUUCGGAGCCUGCUGGGCCACCUGGGCGGCUCCCCGGAGUCCAAGUCGCCCGUCGGCUACGACCACAGCCACCAUAUCCACCAGCUCUCGCCGACCUACUUCCUGGAGCGGGCGGCCGCCAUCGAGCCGGACGCCACGGCCAUCUACCACGUCACAGCCAACGACAAGGUACUUCGCCGGUCGUACGCCGAGUUUGCGGACCGGGCCCGCGGCCUGGCUUAUUUCCUGCUGAAGAGGGGAUACAAACGAGUGGGCGUGCUGGCUACGAAUACGCCGGCGUUCUUGGAGUCGAUUUUCGGGGUUGUAGUUGCGGGGGGUGUUAUCGUGCCUGUGAACUAUCGGCUGAAGCCGGAUGACAUCACGUACAUCUUUGACUUUGCCGAGGUCGACUCGAUAAUAGUCGAUCAAGAGUACGCGCCGCUGUUGGAUGAGUUCAAGAAGAGCCAUCCGAACGUGCCGUUCAUAAUUGACCUGGAUACCGAUGCAACCGAGGGAGAACUCUCUGGUCCCUUCGAUGAGGCCGUGUUAGAAGGUCUGCAGUACGACCGAGCGCAGGGCGGCAAAGGCUGGGCUGGCUUGCAAUCACAAUGUGCUAAUGAGGACGAUAUGCUGGCUAUCCCAUUCACGUCGGGGACCACAUCACGACCGAAAGGCUGCGUGUACACACAUAGAGGCGCCUUUCUCGCGGCACUGGCGAACGUGGUGGAGUCGGGACUGAACUACGAUUAUGGGAGCUGCAAAUACCUGUGGACACUACCAAUGUUCCAUGCAAUGGGAUGGACGUUUCCAUGGGCCGUCACAGCUGUCAGGGGCACGCACUACUGCUUGAGGAAAAUCGACUACCCCUUAAUAUGGAGACUUCUCAAGGAGGAGGGCAUCACGCACUUCAAUGCCGCACCGACAGUCCUAACCCUGCUCUGCGCGUCGAAAGAAGCAGUCAGGUUACCCGAGCCGGUGCGAGUCACGGUGGCAGCUAGUCCGCCAACGGGGCAUCUCUUCGAGCAGAUGACAAACCUCAACCUCCGUCCCGUCCACGUCUACGGCAUGACCGAGACCUACGGCCCCAUCACCAAGGGCUACCCAAUGCCGUCCUGGGACGCGCUGCCCCCGCACGAGAAGUACGCCAAAAUGGCGCGCCAGGGCCACGGAUUCCUGACCAGCCUGCCGAUCCGUGUCGUCAAGCCGGCGGACGCGGAAGACGGCGUCUUGAUAGACGUCACGCGCGACGGCAAUGAGAUCGGCGAGAUUGUCUUCUUUGGAAAUAUCUGCGCCAAGGGCUACUACCGCGACCCGGAGGCGACGCGGAAGCUGUUCGCCGGCGGCGGCCUGCACUCGGGCGACCUGGCCGUGUGGCAUCCGGAUGGAAGCGCGCAGAUCCAGGACCGGGCUAAGGAUAUUAUUAUUAGCGGCGGCGAGAACAUCAGCUCCGUCGCGCUCGAAAGCGCGCUGGUGCAGCACCCGGACGUGCUGGAAGCCGGCGUCGUCGCCGUGCCGGACUCGCACUGGGGCGAGCGGCCCAAGGCGUACCUAACCUUGCGCGAGGGCAAGACGCUGGACCCGGCAGCCAUGCUCGAGUGGGUGAGGAGCCAGGGCUCGAUCAGCCGGUACAUGGUGCCGCGGGAGGUGGAAGUCCUCGCCGAGCUGCCCAAAACGAGCACGGGCAAGAUACAGAAGAACGUGCUGCGGGAGUGGUCCAAGAAGGGGAAGAGAGGAUGA